AUGAACUCGUGGUUGCGGAGCUCGCGUCGUCUCCUGCCGGCAGCCGCCCGUCUUCUACGGCCUCCACAUCACAACAUCUCGCGGUUACAUGCUAUUGGAGGUCAGCUCUUCCGACGGCCGUCUACGGUUGUUCUCGUUCCUCGGGACUACUGCACCGCCCUGAGAAGGCAUGUGCCUGGCCACUUGGCUCCCUGCGGGUACUCCCACACUCCGCACAAGGUCGCGGCAGCUCUAACUUCUCGUUGCGGCACAAAGAUCACCGUCAACCGUGGAUUCCACGUCCAUGUCGAUACUGUGCCCUACAUCAACCGCAGACACGUGGUCCUUGGUUCUCGCCGUGAAGCAGGUGAGUGGGGCGAAGACUACUUCGCGGAGUUCAAAGCGGAGCAUGCCUCCAAGAUCGUCGACCCUCUAAACCGUGACUGCGUCCGCGUCCGCGAAAUUGGCUUGAAGAUCAUUCACGCCAUCCAUAGUAGCAGCAACAGGAUAGCACGAGGAGGACUGUCACAUUCACAGAUAAUAAAGAGUAUGGAAUGGGUGGACGAGCUUAAUUGGGAGAUGAUAGUCGUCGAAGAUGAGGACAUCCAUAGAGGAUCAAGCCACGGCGGUGGAAAGAUUGUAGUCUCCACUGGGUUCCUCAAAGAGUUCAGCACGGAUACAGAGAUUGCCGUUAUGCUCGGGCAUGAGGUUGCACAUGUUGUUGCAAGGCACACGGUAGAGUUGAUCAGGAUAUUCAUGGCGUUCAACCAGUUUCCGACCCACCUUCUCGCCGCGCCGUUCUUACGAAGGAAUGAGAGAGAGGCGGAUUACAUUGGAAUGUUGCUACUCGCUGCUGCUGGUUUCGAUCCCCAUGCUGCCCCUCUGUUCUAUGAAAAGCUUGGCAAGAUAGCUGGAGAGACGGCAUUGCUACGUACGCUCACUUUCUUCUCAUGCAAAGUCCACCCAUCCUUUAAGGAAAGGUCAUGGCUUUUAUCGCAACCCAAGGUCAUGGAGGAGGCGAUGGAAUUUUAUAGGGAAGCAAUCAGUGACGAUGGCCAAGGUUAUGACAAGGACGAUUUAGGUAGUUCCCCUUGAAGAAAAACGUACCUAGAUAUAUACGCUUUCGCCCAUGACUCUCCUAGCUGCUUGGUGGUGGUGCAUUGCGAACUACAAAUGCACGCCCAUGCUCUUGUAAGA